AUGUUAAAGGAAAACUACACGGAAGUGACUGAGUUUAUUCUCCUGGGACUGACAGAUCGAGCUGACUUGCAGCCUGUCCUUUUUGUGGUCUUCCUAGUCAUCUACCUGAUCACAGUUAUUGGCAAUAUGAGCAUGAUUUUAUUAAUCAGAACUGACUCGAAGCUUCAGACUCCAAUGUACUUCUUCCUCAGCCACCUCUCCUUUGUAGAUCUCUGUUAUGCUACCAAUGUCACUCCUCAGAUGCUGGUCAAUCUCCUAUCCAAGAGAAAAACCAUUUCCUUCCUUGGUUGCUUUACACAGUUUGACUUUUUCAUUUCCUUGGGGCUCACAGAUAGCUAUAUGCUCACAGCAAUGGCUUAUGACCGCUACAUGGCCAUCUGCAAACCCUUGUUAUAUGGCAACAAAAUGUCCCGAGGUGUCUGCCUCUCUCUCGUUGCUACAUCUUAUAUUUAUGGCUUUGCAAAUGGUCUUGCACAGACCAUCCUGAUGCUCCGCCUCACCUUCUGUGGACCCAAUGAAAUCAACCACUUUUACUGUGCAGACCCACCGCUCUUAGUCCUAGCCUGCUCAGAUACUUAUGCCAAUGAAACUGCCAUGUUUAAAAACUACACAGAGGUGACUGAGUUUAUCCUCCUGGGACUGACAGAUCGAGCUGACUUGCAGCCUGUCCUUUUUGUGGUCUUCUUAGUCAUCUACCUGAUCACAGUCAUCGGAAAUGUGGGCAUGAUUUUGUUAAUCAGAAGUGACUCAAAACUUCAGACUCCAAUGUACUUCUUCCUCAGCCACCUUUCCUUUGUAGAUCUCUGUUAUGCCACCACUGUCACUCCUCAGAUGCUGGUCAGUCUCUCAUCUGAGAGAAAAACUAUUUCCUUCCUUGGUUGCUUUAUACAGUUUGACUUUUCCAUUUUCUUGGGGUCCACGGGUUGCUAUAUGCUCACAGUGAUGGCCUAUGACCGCUACAUGGCCAUCUGCAAACCCUUGUUAUAUGGCAUCAAAAUGUCCCGAGGUGUCUGCCUCUCUUUUGUUGCUACAUUUUAUAUUUAUGGCUUUGCAAAUGGUCUUACCCAGACCAUCCUGAUGCUCCGUCUCUCCUUCUGUGGACCCAAUGAAAUCAACCACUUUUACUGUGCGGACCCACCGCUCUUAGUCCUGGCCUGCUCAGAUACUUAUGUCAAAGAAACUGCCAUGUUCGUGGGAGCUGGUUUCAACCUCACGUGUUCUCUUACCAUCAUCUUCAUCUCCUACAUUUUCAUCUUUAGAGUCAUUCUACAUAUCCACUCUGCAGAAGGGAGGAGCAAAGCCUUCUCCACUUGUGGGUCUCACUUGACAGCUGUCACUGUAUUUUAUGGGACACGCUUCUGUAUGUUUCUGAGGCCCCCUUCCGAGACAUCUGGGAAGAUGGUGGCUGUGUUUUACACCACAGUGAUUCCCAUGCUGAAUCCCAUGAUCUACAGUUUGAGGAACAAAGAUGUGAAAGAGGCAGUCAACAAAGCAAUCGUCAAGGCAAAUUUGAGGCAGUGA